AGCUGGAUUCUUCCCACUGGCUGGGCCGGUUGUCUUACCUACCACGGGUAACACACCCCUUUGGCAGCUGCCGUCAUCCUCUGGUCCCUGACUGUCUGCUUGCCGGGGGCGUCGAAAUGGUUGGGUGGUAUCCGAAUGCAAUCGUCAUGUCCGUCAGCUGGAUGUACUGGCGGGUAUAAGCGAGCGCAACGGGGUUGCGGACCGUGUAGCCGACAGAUACGCCAUAUGGACCGACAGGCUGCGUCCCGCCAGGAUAUCUAUUCCCUUUUCGUGCUUCCUGUCCGAGCCAGCCGGGAAGCCCGCUGCCUUAGUGCAAAGCAUGUCAGACGUUGGCGGCGGUAUGGCAAGCGAGGCAUGAACGGUGAUGGCGAUGUGGUUGGUACUGCAGCCUUUUGCGGGGCUGGGAGCCAACAAAUAAAUGGUUUCGGGUUUGGCCUUGGAAGGGCGGGUGGCUAGGCUGAGUGGCGUCGAGAGUCCGCAGUAGCGUACCGAAAGUCGGCGAUGUCCAGAGCAACACAGGUAGACAUCGAUGGCAACCACUAACCCCAUGUAUGACGGGUGAUGGGCAUGCGGGU